AAUCCCCCACCGAAACGAGACUCUGUCAUUGAGGAGGAUUAUACAAACAUAAAACAUUUCUACCGGUCCGUGCACGGCGUCCGUACUAUGAGGACCUCAUUUUUGCGUCGCUUUUUUCAACUCUGUCAGAUUUCCACAAACACGCUCCAUGGAUUUUUUGUCGCCUUGCUGCUCGGACUUACUGUAUGGCCCAGGUGGAUUCAGGGUUGUUUACAGCUCACCGAGAACACGCGUCCGGUUCUGUUUUGUCAAUCUUCUGUACCUCGACUCCCUUUGGCCGCUCACGAAAUUCCAGCCUCAGUGGCCAAAUUGCGAAUCAUUGGGACAAGUUCACCAGGACAACACAAUGGUAUACUGUCACAGUACAAUUUGACUGGGCUGGAGACACUCACCUACAUGGAGCUGAGUAAUUUCGGUCUUGAACGGAUUGAAGCGGAAACAUUUCAGUUUAUGCGUCAGUUACGCGUGCUGGAUUUGUCGAAAAAUCGAAUUCAUCGAAUAGAACCUGGGGCUUUCCGUGGUUUGGUGUUGAAUCUACUUUCACUGUCCGAUAACACAGGCUUGGUCGGUCUCAGACGUGGCGUCUUUCAAGGAGCUCAGAUCUACCAUGUGGCCGCUCGAAACUGUGGUCUUAGACAGGUGGACUACCAAGCGAUUAACGAGGCGAAACCGACCCAGCUCAGCCUGUCCCACAAUCAGAUCAGUUGGCUAGAUCCGCGAUUUGAGAGCGUUCUCAAACCGUGGAGCGCGACAAGUCAACUGAGUUCCAUUCAGCGUCCAAGUAACUGGGGCUAUAUCGAUUUAACCGAUAAUCCGUUGAAUUGUAAUUGUCAGUUGCUGUGGCUACCGCGGCUCAUUGAGGAACAGUUGUAUCAUGCUCAACGACUGGAUGCUUUUUCCAAACCCGCGGACUCCGUGAGUCCUAAUUCAUUUACAGACGGAUUGUCCGACAUGCAGGUCAAAUUGAGUUGA